CGUUCCUACCUUCCUUUUUCGAUUGCACUGUGGUGGAGUUUGUUUUUAGCGAGCUAACUUAUAUUUAUUUGUGUAAGUUUAGGGACAUUGGACGAACCUGGCAGAUAUAGUUAGAAUGCAUUGAUUCGUGAUUUGAGAAAAUAGUAGCUUUGCGCUGUUUAUUUUUCGCCUCAUUGUUUCGCGAGUUCGGGAUGUUUUUAUCCUCGACAUGGAGACAAAAAGAGGGGAGAUUCCCAACGGCGUAUUGGACGACCUCUGCAGGUAAAUACCGCGUUAGAAGUGGCUAACUUGUUAUCAAAUAUCACGUUUUGAUUUCUUACUAGCACUAUAUCACGAGGAGUGUCUUUGUUGUGCUUGUGGCUUGUCGUAACCUUGGUUGUGGAUAGCUAUCUAGAUAGUUUAGUCUGUCUCGAACGACAAUGGGGUUGAUUAAAUGAAAGUGCGUUGCAUUAGUGUUCUCAGGGUGUAUUAAUUCCGGCAAUUCUGUUACAAAACGUUUCUCGAACGAAACGGGGAGGGACCUACCUGAAUUUGUUCAAUAGAAAUUCGCGUUUUGUUCUGUUUGCUUCCGUUUGGUUCUUUAACGGUAAACGGUUUCGGUAAUGAAUACGCCCCGUGGUUGCAUACACAGAACCUCAGGCUUAGCUACUGUCAUGGUGCCUCAUUAUACUGUGUCGUAGUUUCAUAACGCGACAUGGACCACAGUAUGUUGUCUAAUUAACUAUGUCCAUGUAGUUCUGCUACUGUACUGAUUUGCCUCUUCUCUCCUCCACAGUCGAUUCAUCCUCCACAUCCCUAGUGAAGAGAGGGACAAUGCUAUCCGCGUGUGCUUCCAGAUCGAGCUUGCCCAUUGGUUCUACCUGGACUUCUGCAUGCAGAAUGCACCAGGAUUACCUCAGUGCGGGAUAAGGGACUUUGCCAAGGCUGAUAUCCUUACAUGAUAAUAAUGACGUGUGAGAGAGGGGGGUGGGGGGUUGUUAUCAUGUUGUUCUUUUUUCUUUGGUUAGUUAAUUCCUGAUAAAAAAAAAAAAAAAAAAGCUUUUAUGACCAUAGGCCCACUGUGUGAAUGGUUAUGUACAUGUCAUCACCUAACAUUUCCAUGUUGAACUUGUAUAGACCACACCACCUUCAAUUCAAAUAACGUCUUGUGAGGAGCGGUACAAACAACUAAACACAAUAUUCAUUUUUUUGCAAAUGUUCCUUAUAUUCUCCUUGACUCCAUGCUACUUUUUAAUCAUUGUCCAUUCCUGCUGCCCAAUGGGGAGGAUGUACAGAAGGUUCUAGAACAGUGGAAGGAAUAUAAGAUGGGUGUUCCAACCUAUGGUGCCAUUAUUCUAGAUGAGUCGCUUGACAAUGUGAGUAUAGUACAUACAAUAUAACACUGGAUGUGUGUGGCAAUACUUCCCGAUAAACAUUUCAUAUGUCUUAAGUUGUGUCACGUUUUUUGUAUGUCCUUUAUAAUAUCUAAUAUUUCUUCUCUUUAGGCAUUGCUGGUUCAGGGCUAUUUGGCCAAGUCCGGGUGGGGUUUUCCAAAGGGAAAAGUGAAUGAAGAUGAGGCUCCCCAUGUUUGUGCUGUACGAGAGGUAAUUGCCUCUUAUCUCCGUUUUAUAACUCCUUACAAUUCUGAUUUGGCAAGUGUAAAUAUUUGCUCAAGACAUAAUGGCUAGAUACAAUAUAUGACGUUUCAUUCAAUAAUGCUUUCUCAUACCCAUGUCUGUAUUCUCUUAGGUUAUGGAGGAGACAGGUUUCGAUAUCAAAGAUCGCAUCUGCAAAGACACGUUCAUCGAGCAGAAAAUCACUGAUCAGUUGGCCCGAUUGUACAUAAUACCUGGGGUACCCAAGGAGACGAAGUUCAACCCCAAAACAAGGAAGGAAAUAAGGGUACGGUUACCCCUUAACUUCCUCAUCUUUUGUUCCUAUUUACAAUUUGUAUUUCCAAUGCCGAUAAAGAGAACAACUAGGACUGGCUGUUGUGCUGUGUUUCUCAUAGAACAUCGAGUGGUUCCCGAUUGAGAAACUACCAUGUCACAGGAACGACAUGACUCCCAAGUCUAAACUUGGACUCGCCCCCAACAAGUUUUUCAUGGCCAUUCCUUUUGUCAGGUCAGUGUCUUAUUGCUCUUCACACUGAUUAAAAAUGCCAAUUUCUGAAAGACUUGGGUGACAGCAAACCGCAUGUGAUAAAGAGUAUCUAGUCAACAGUGAAAUAAUCCAUAGCGUUGCUUUUUCACUUUUGUCAAAUAUAACCUGUAAUUUCAGCGCAGCAUGAAUAACAAAAUGGUAAAACAAUUGCACGUUUAGGUUGUAGCCAUAGGCGGCGCCUGAGUUUCUAGUUUGGGGAAGCUAAUUUUCACCGUAAAAAUUCACCUUCUUAACAAAGCAUUCCAUGCAUCACCUCAUUUGCAGACUUAUGUAAGGUGGCCUACUAUUCCUAAUGUGGUGAGUAGAUUGAAUAGUCAUAGUUUAGGCUAAUAAUAUAACUCGAUCGCUGUUCGCAAAAAAUGCAGUUCAUUGCAUGGCUGAGCGUGUAGUGGCAUAGAGGCUAUAUCCGAUAUGUUUCUUCUCCUUUUGCAUUGGAAAAAUGUGGCCUUUUUAUAUAAACUUAUUUCAUGCAAUUCUACUACACUUUUUAAUAGCCUGCAAUGGAAUUGACAGGGUAGUCUACUCUGCUGAUACUGACAAACAUAUUUAUAAUAGGCCUACAGGUAGGGGAGAGACACAGACAAUGUGAAGUCCAUCUAACCUGGAGGAGGACAUAUUAUUGUCCAAAAACUAACUUUCAAGUGGCACUGACCCAACAAUGAUAGAGUGAAUAUGUACACUCACCGGGGACAUGACCGAUGCUCUCCGCUGGUCCCAAUAAGAUAGGCUAUACUGUUGUUCGCUCAAGUAAGUUGAGAAUUUUGAUAACUAAAUGACAGAUUAGUCUUUUCAUUGUCUUCUCUUUACAGCAAUAGCCAUUUGCUUACCAAACUAUGUUUUCCCGAGAUUGUAUGUUGAAAUAUUGCGAUAUGCCUGACUGGGCCUCUCUACUUUUCACUGACAGUCGCUACUCAACAAUCAUCUAUUUGGUAUUGGCCGCGGGCGCUGACCAAAUUGCGCGCUUCUGCCUCCCACGUGGCGCUGCGGUCUAAGGCACUGCAUCACAGUGCUAGAGGCGUCACUACAGACCCGGGUCGAGGCGGCACACAAUUGGCCCAGCGUCGUCCGGGUUAGGGGAGGGUUUGGCUGGCCGGGAUGUCCUUGUCCCGUCGCAUUCUAGCGACUCCUCGGUCGCCAGUUGUACGGUGUUUCCUCCGACACAUUGGUGCGGCUGGCUUCCGGGUUAAGCGAGCAGUGUAUCAAGAAGCAGUGUGGCUUGGCAGGGUCGUGUUUCUGAAGACGCAUGGCUCUCGACCUUCGCCUCUCCCGAGUCCGUACGGGAGUUGCAGCGAUGGGACAAGACUGUAACUACCAAUUGGAUAUCACGAAAUUGGGGAGAAAAGGGGUUUAAAAAAUUGCCCUUCCGACUGUAGGCAAUGCGAUUGAAAACAGUCCGCAGCUUAUUUUUUUGCAAAGAAGCAAAUGAUCCUCUGUGGCCAAAUCAUGCUUUCUGGUGUGGUAGCCUAUUUUGAAUGAUUGUAUUUAUUUCUGUGAAGACUGGAGUAGGCAAUUUGAAUCAAUUUACUUUAGGGGAAGCUUAGCAUCCCCUAACCUAAUGGAUGCGCCGCCUAUAGUUGUAGCGACUUGGACAGUAUUAUUGUGUAACCUUCUAUCCUAUGUGUAUAAAGCUGACAUCAGUUUUUAAUACCAUUAAUAAUUCAGUCAUUGAUUCUAGCAUGUCUACUUUGCCCUCCACAGACCACUCCGAGAAUGGAUUGCCAAGCGUAAAGGAGAGUCUACAGACAGUGAUGAGGAUUUUGCAUCCAACGGCAGCACUCCAUGCAAACCUCUGGACAAAGCCCGGUAAGACACUUAUGCCCAUGCUAAAGACAAUUUUUUUUUAUACAUUUGGUGGACAAUAAAGCUUUUUGAAAAUGAAUUGAAUAAUUUCUUCUUCUCUAGCUCCAAGCAUAGGCGGGCCCAGCUGUUGCCUGAGGCGUCUCCAGGAGAGGGCUGGGGGAAGCAGAAGCAACCCAAGCCUCUGGGACAGCUGAGCCAAUACGAGCUCUCGGAACUCUUGAAAGCCAAGGUUGGUUGGUCUCUGCUGUUUGAAGGGUCUGUUGGGGGUAGUGCUGAGAGAUUGGUGCUUUUUGAGGUCUGUUUAGGUUAGAUAAUUUUUUUUAAAUGAUCACUGUUUUCGAUUUUUGUUUUGAUAAUAACAAAAUAAAAACAUUAAAUGCAUUAUGAAGUAAUGACAUUAAAAUUAUUUAAUUUUUUUGAGCUUUCUAAUGGAAAUUCCUAAGCAAACAAUAGUGAACAUUCAAUUGCCAAAACAUAGAAAAUAUUCUGUUGUCUCUGUCAGGUCCACAUUGGGUAGACAUCAAUAGGAAAUUACUAUGAAAUAAUACAAUAUUUCAGUUGAUUACAUUACUUAGUUUUUACUUGAUUACUUUGUUAUUUGUUGUUCCUUAAAGUCAUAAUCUCUGCUCGGGCAGUAACAGGCAGCCAGCCAGACAACGUAAUCUGUUAUCCCCAUACUGUACUGUCUUUAGUCAUCCUAUUUAGCUAGCCUGCCUAAGUAUGCUGCAGAGCUGUCUGACAAUCAUUUGACUUGUUCUUCAAAGUAGAUAAGGCACACUUUCACGAACCGUCUCUGUCCCUCUUGUCAUUGUGUUGAGUACAUUCCUCUCAUGCGCUCUGUGUAACUAACCUAACGUAGCAGGCGUAGCAGUGUAUCCGUUCAGAGAUCGGUAUAUAUUGACGAGAUGCUCACGCGUGCUUGACAAAUUUUUUUUUCUCAAGUCUCCCAUUGACAUGAAUAAAUGACUUAUGGGAAAGUCAGUUGCGUGGACUUAUCUCAACUCUGAAUCUGGCCGUAUCAGAAAAUGUUACUGCUCAGGUACCCCACACUUGCUUCAGCAGACUCCAUAAAUUGGAUACUUUGGGCAGGUAUCCACAGAUUUAACUUCGGAGUGCUGAGGCCUACUGCUGCUGACGCAUUUAGUUUAGACCAAAUACAAGAUUUGGGGGGGAAUAGAUGUAUGAAAUGUCUGUGGUACAUCUUCAAAAAUACUACAACAGAUCAACUAUCAAAGGCAUGACGAACACUCAGAGAGCAUGCAAUGCGUUUCAACCUGUCAGUCUUCCUCGGGCAAAGCCAUAUUCUUUAUUUGUAGUGUUUUAAUUAAUGGCAGAGGCAACAUUGAGUGUGUUUUUACUUUGUGCUAGGAUACUGUAGCAUACCAAUAUCUCUUAGCCUGAGCAAAACAAUGCAGCAAUUGUAAUCCAGCAUCAAUUCACUCAACGGCAAAAGGUCUGUUUUUGGUUUGUUUUUUUCUGUCACCAGCAGAGGGCGAUGUCGGCUUAGUCUUCCCAGUUUGGCCUUAUUCAGAAUCGGGCCUUGUAGAAUGCUAAAAUAUUUCUGUCUAGCCUGCUAUGAUUUUUUAAAAUCAAGAAUUCCCGCUUUUCUGACAGCACCCUCUAAUCAAAACUAACCUACCCCUAAACCAAAAUCCAAAUUGUCCAUGUUGUUUACAAGACACUGCAGUAGUUGAAGUGCAUCAGUGGCUUCUCAAUAUAUAUAUAUUUUUUGAAUGUCCAAAGUAUGAGUCCCGGUUCUAUGGCACAUGCUCCUGUCUGCAGAACCCCAAUGUGAAAGUCAAUGGGAAGAAGCACCAGGAUUCUCCCAACCUGAAGAAAAGGACCAAUGGAGUCGGCAACCAGCAGGUGAAACUUAACUUGGCUGAAGCUGUGUGUAAAGCCUCACCAUAGUUUGUUAGGUGUGCUUGCUGAAAGCAAAAACAACUACUGAAAUCUACUUCUCAUUAUUUGCUUUUCUCUGCCACCUGUAGCCCCAAAACCGUAACACCAAAACUACUUUAAAACGUCCAGGCUAGCACUAAUCCCGUGUGGUAGAUUUUUUUUUAGUAUAUAUAUACAGUGGGGGGAAAAAAGUAUUUAGUCAGCCAACAAUUGUGCAAGUUCUCCCACUUAAAAAGAUGAGAGGCCUGUAAUUUUCAUCAUAGGUACACGUCAACUAUGACAGACAAAUUGGAAGAAAAAAAAUCCAGAAAAUCACAUUGUAGGAUUUUAAAUGAAUUUAUUUGCAAAUUAUGGUGGAAAAUAAGUAUUUGGUCACCUACAAACAAGCAAGAUUUCUGGCUCUCACAGACCUGUAACUUCUUCUUUAAGAGGCUCCUCUGUCCUCCACUCGUUACCUGUAUUAAUGGCACCUGUUUGAACUUGUUAUCAGUAUAAAAGACACCUGUCCACAACCUCAAACAGUCACACUCCAAACUCCACUAUGGCCAAGACCAAAGAGCUGUCAAAGGACACCAGAAACAAAAUUGUAGACCUGCACCAGGCUGGGAAGACUGAAUCUGCAAUAGGUAAGCAGCUUGGUUUGAAGAAAUCAACUGUGGGAGCAAUUAAUUAGGAAAUGGAAGACAUACAAGACCACUGAUAAUCUCCCUCGAUCUGGGGCUCCACCCAAGAUCUCACCCCAUGUGGUCAAAAUGAUCACAAGAACGGUGAGCAAAAAUCCCAGAACCACACGGGGGGACCUAGUGAAUGACCUGCAGAGAGCUGGGACCAAAGUAACAAAGCCUACCAUCAGUAACACACUACGCCGCCAGGGACUCAAAUCCUGCAGUGCCAGACGUGUCCCCCUGCUUAAGCCAGUACAUGUCCAGGCCCGUCUGAAGUUUGCUAGAGUGCAUUUGGAUGAUCCAGAAGAGGAUUGGGAGAAUGUCAUAUGGUCAGAUGAAACCAAAAUAGAACAUUUUGAUGAUAACUCAACUCGUCGUGUUUGGAGGACAAAGAAUGCUGAGUUGCAUCCAAAGAACACCAUACCUACUGUGACGCAUGGGGGUGGAAACAUCAUGCUUUGGGGCUGUUUUUCUGCAAAGGGACCAGGACGACUGAUCCGUGUAAAGGAAAGAAUGAAUGGGGCCAUGUAUCGUGAGAUUUUGAGUGAAAACCUCCUUCCAUCAGCAAGGGCAUUGAAGAUGAAACGUGGCUGGGUCUUUCAGCAUGACAAUGAUCCCAAACACACCGCCCGGGCAACGAAGGAGUGGCUUCAUAAGAAGCAUUUCAAGGUCCUGGAGUGGCCUAGCCAGUCUCCAGAUCUCAACCCCAUAGAAAAUCUUUGGAGGGAGUUGAAAGUCCGUAUUGCCCAGCGACAGGCCCAAAACAUCACUGCUCUAGAGGAGAUCUGCAUGGAGGAAUGGGCCAAAAUACCAGCAACAGUGUGUGAAAACCUUGUGAAGACUUACAGAAAACGUUUGACCUGUGUCAUUGCCAACAAAGGGUAUAUAACAAAGUAUUGAGAAAGUUUUGUUAUUGACCAAAUACUUAUUUUCCACCAUAAUUAGCAAAUAAAUUCAUAAAAAAUCCUACAAUGUGAUUUUCUGGAUUUUCUUUUCUCAUUUUGUCUGUCAUAGUUGACGUGUACCUAUGAUGAAAAUUACAGGCCUCAUCUUUUUAAGUGGGAGAACUUGCACAAUUGGUGGCUGACUAAAUACUUUUUUCCCCCACUAUAUAUAUAUAUAUAUAUUUUUAGUAUGAUACUUUCUCACUGACUCAACUUGCAUUGCUUACUAAAAGCUUUUGGAUUUUGUGUAUAUUGUUACCAUUAGUAAUAUUAGAAACUAUUACCAUUUGUUUUAAUUGAAGCCCCAUAGGCCAUCCAUUUUGGAUUUGCCACUGGUCUUCAACCGUUUGCGCUACAAACACCAAACUGACGUUGACAAGUGCGGGCCGUCUCAACUUAGAUUGCAUCAAUAAAGCCUUUUUAUAGCUACCUUAAGAUGAAUGCACUAACUGUAAGUUGCUCUGGAUAAGCGUGUCUGCUAAAAUGACUGUAGAUGUAAAACCAUACAGCGUCCUGUAUCCCCCAUGUCAAUAGGGGAAUGCACACUUCCAAAUUCUAAAUCACUGGUGCAGAAUGUUCAAACUAAAACAUUUUGAGAGCUGAAAACACAUUCUAUUGCUUCUGAUGCAAUAGUACUCACACUACCCUACUGUCUAAAUCCACUAUAAUAACGCCAUACCUACAAACCACCCCAAAAUAGCUCACUAUAACCUCUAGCGUUACCACCACUACAUUACUGCUGCAGUCACUACUUCCUUUGUCAUGUAUCAAACUUGCAAUAUGCAAAACCUUCUACGCACCCUAUAGGAGAAGUGUAGGGAAUCGGAACACAACCUCGGUCUCUGUCUCCCUUUCCUCUUGUUGUUUAUGCAUUAGACCAGUGUUUCCCAAACCUGUACUCCAGUACCCCUAGCCAGUUCACUUAUUAAUGUAUUCCAGAACUAGCACAGCUGAUUUUUAAAUGGUCACCAUAUAAUCAAGCCCCUCAUUUAUUUUUAAAUCAGUGGACUGGCUGGCUGUACUCCAGGAGAUGUUUAUCUGUCCUUUAUAACUAGGUAUCAAACUACAUUUUACAUCUAGAUCAACUAGACAUCAAACUAUAACAUACCUAGACCCUUUACAGACCAACUAAACCGCUCCGUAAAUACAACCAACUAUACAAACUAGACAUCUAACUAGUCUAAAGUAUAGACCAGGAUCUAGACCAACUAGUCUUAAGAUUGUGGCCAACUAUAAGAACAUGGAUUAAGACCAGCUAGAUUGUAGAAAGCCUGAAUGCCAGUCUUUUCACGCCAACUCUUUGUCACUCAUUGUCAUGUCACUCAGCUUGACAAUAACAGCAGUGAAGUUGGCAAGAGCACAAACAGAUCUGGGCUCAGGCUAGAUGUAAUCUAGACCGAUACUAACAGCACAUCUAACUAGAUCUAAUUUCUUGUGGACAGAUGCAGGUAACAUAAAUGGUAGUAGCAUCUGUCGAACAGACUGUGGCAUGCGACGACUAACGAGGAACUUUGUUCCAGUACGCUGAUUUUCCUGUCACUGAUUUUGCAGGUAUUUGCAUCUUUCCAAUUUUUAGAAGGGACUUGCCCGAAACUGACUGAUAGUUUCCGUUGAGAGGGGUGGAGACUUCGCUAGUCUCGUUAGUACAUUUUCUAACAUGUCUCCCCCCAGAACUCAAUCGAGCAUCUGACACAAUUACGCAAUAUUUUAGUUCUGGGUGUCCCCAAGAUUAAACUAGAUCGAAAACAAGUGAACUGGUAAUACCUGAAGCAAGUACACACAUUUUCUAAAGGUUUUCUAGUUAUUACCUAAUUUAAUACAAAUCGGUCUCCCAUUUUACAUUUUAAAUUUCAAUUAUAUUCAUCUGUUCAGCUGUUGUUGUUUUUUUUGCAUGAUGUUUGAUCAUAGUCUGUUGAUUUUUAUCAUGGACAUACUUGUUUUCACUAGCGAUGCAUUUAAAAUGGUAAAACUGUUCUUCCAGAAAGAGGAGAAGAGACUUCAGCCCAGGAGACUACAGGACAACUUCGACACAGGUAUUGCACAAAGUGAAGAUUAGGAAUGAGACAGAUUUCAGUAGAUAUGUAACAGCUUUUUAAAUGCUGUAUGAAGCAACUAUACAUUCAUUUUUUUCAGACACAUACUGUUUUGGGUCCCUCUUUCACUAUAGACACUUUUUAAAUAGCUCAGGGGUGGCCGAGACUGCUGGAGACUUCUAACUACCUCAGCCCUACAGUUAACACACCUGAUUCAGUUAAUCAAGAUCCUGAGUAGAAUAAUAUUUUGUUAGUUUAGGUUGUUGUUGUUUUAGUUUGUAACAAAAUUGUUGUGAGGGUAGCUCUCCAAGAGGGUUGGCCACCUGGAUUAGUUGAGUAGUUCUGAGGUGAGAAUUUUAAAGUUAUUGUUCACUUCAACAUCAGUCAGACAUUUUUCAAAACGUCUGGGGGGGGGGGGGGAAACUUAUGUUGAGAUGAACUCUCCCUUUUAAAGUUGAUGUUUUCACUGUCCACUGGCCUUCUGAGUAAAACUACUCUCUCUAUCUUCGUAGAUGCAGCAUUGCCAUCUGACACGUGCAGCUCCAACAAUGGGCAGCAGGCGGUCUGUAACGGCAACUGUGAACAGCUCUCCUCCAGGUCCUUCCUCAACUUCAAGUUCGACAGGGAGGCCAUCAUGAAAUGCUUUGACUCCUGAAAUAGCCGACGGACACCUUGGUCGUGUUCAUUAGGGACCAAAAGGAAGUAAACUAAUUGAAACGGAGAGAGCCUACGUGGACUUGUCGAUUUUUAAGAAAUUAAAUGUUUUUGCUUUCCGUUGUAUGCCCUAAUGAACACGACCCUGGAAUGGCAGACUAGCAGAUACUUCAGUUCUAUGGAACGGCAGCCUCUCAACCUUAGGGUUGAGAUGAAGAGAACUGUAUAUAUAUAUAUGCCUUCUGUCGUAGGUUUAAUUUUGUCAAGCACAGAAAGGUUAACUAGUUGCCGCUGUUUGUUUAUUCAGAGCUGAAUCCUUACUUGAGGAUUCUAAGUAACUUGGUUUCGCUUCCAGGAAGUCAUGCAGUGAUGUCAAUGGCAAAAAUAGGGAGGAAAGGUUAGUGUUCACAGAUCUCUAUUUAGGAUUCACCCCAUAUGAUCCAGAUUUACUAAGCAUGUACAUCAGGUGCAAAGUUUGUACCUGUAUUUUUAUAGAGGGAAUUAAUCACAAAGUAGAGGACGAAAAGGUCAAAUACAAGGUUCUGAGAAGAAACACAGUGAAGGUAGAUAAAGAUAGUGUUUUAACUUUGGGGUUUCAUCCCCUGUUGACGUGAACAAAGCAUAUGUUUAGUAAAUCUGGCCAGUGAAGUCGGCGCCAUAACUUGCCCAGUUAAGUGUUUUUGUGUAAUUUAAUGGACGACAUAGUCCAAUUUGGUCAGUUUCACCGCCUUACCAACUGAGCUCCCGAUUUUUAUAUGUUUUAGGGCAGUGGUUCCCAACAAGGGGUACUAAGACCCCUGGGGGGUUACUUUAGAAGACUCAUGAGACCAUAGACCUACUGGUAAAAUGCACACGAGGGGGUACUUCAGGUGGUACUCCGGACAGGGUAAAAUUCAGUUGGUGGUACAGUAAACAAAAGGUUGGGAACCGCUGUUUUAGGGUAUAGCUGGUGUGAACUGAUGUGAGGCUAAGCACAGACUACGGUACAUUGUGCUGCUAUGCUUUAUCUCCAAGCAGUGUCAGCUCCAAGUAGCCUUGUCCUCCUAACUGUGAUUCCAAUGGCCGCGUUCCAGGUCAACCUUUUUUGCAGUCGCCCAUCUCAGAAGAUUGCUAUAUGAUACGAAUGUGGUUUCUACAAUGUUUAAUGUGAUCUGCGCGCAGCGCGGCUGCAAUAAAGACAACCUGGAACGUGUCCUAUGUAUUUCUUGUCUGGGGUCUGUAGCUAGCCUGACUUCAGAGGCAGAUGGCGGAGUUGUAAGACUCUGAAAUGGCUUCUGUUAAGAUUCCUCUGUGCAAAACACAUCUCUUUCACAACGGGCCUGGUUAACUAAGUAUCGUCACCUAUUCUACAUACGGAAUAAGACGCCACCUUUUACACUAGGUAACAUGAACCGUAAGGGGGAUAGAAUCCUAAGAUAAAACCCAAAUAAAAGCAGUAUCCUGUGUUUUGUUCUGCCUUGACUCAAAACUAAAAGCACAGGUGCAAAGGCUUAGUUAAUUUGGCCCAAUACGUGUGGUACAAAGCAUACUGCAAACUGGCAUACAACUAUGAAUAAAAUCAAUUUACCCUUGAAUCGUAUACAAUAUGCUUGUUUGAAGUAUUUCAGACCUCUGAAUCAUAGUACCGUGCUGGCUAGGCUACUAUACUCAAUGUUUUUGAUGUCAGCAAGUCAUAGAGCCCCCCAUCUGUGACUGGAAUGUAAUGUAUGAUUGAACUUGCAUGUAGUCAACGGUAGUUCUUUUAGAGCGCUUAAAGGUAACACUUGACUUAAUGCUAAGUAAUGCGUUGUGGUUAUAAUGCAUGUAAUACUUGUCAUAAGCAUAUAUGAAACCCCACUAUGUUUUAGAAAGUAUCAUCUCUUAAUGAUCCUUAAUAAGUCACCGCUAUUUUCUGUCUGAAGCAUUGGAAGGGCUCAUACCUGCUCAUACCUGCUCAUACCUGCUUAUUACAAGUAACAAAGCGUCAUACCUGCUGGCAUGAAGUUAGUAGAGCGUUACAAACUGUAUAGAGGUGGUUAUUCAACAGUACAUGAACAUGGGCUUCUCAUUCAGGAGGGCGCAACAUUACAGAAUGUUUACGUAGAAAUGUAUUGUGUAGAACAUACACACUUAAUGUAGAAUCAAGACUCUUCAUCAUUACAUGCCUACGUUGCAACCCACGGAAUCAGCCCCAUGAUUCAAUCUGAGUAGGAGACAGUCUCAACAGGAACCUGUUGGAGAUGUUAGAAGAAAUGCACAGCCCCUCUUAGGAGAAACACUCAUUGAUCUUGUUCUGGUGGCCCUUGCUAACAGGGCAGUCAUUUCCCCGUCUCGGUGGUCGGCACUCUGCACUGAUAAAGGCUAAUGAGCCCAGGUGUGUUGGGGUGUAUUUUUGGAUUUCAGCUUUUCCAGCAGCAAGCUCUGA